UGGAAUCGAAGUAGUAGCUGGUUGAAAUUUGCAUCAUCCACAUCCACCGAGUUCACUCAGUCAACUCGACCGACUCGCUUUCUGACUAACCCAUUCACUCUAUCUCUUUCACUCACUGUAAUGGACCCUCUCUCGGCUCUGCGCGACUUCACCAUUCGAGGCGAGCUCGACAAGAUCGUCCGAGUCAACGACGAGUUCCGAUUCGGCUCCGACUACACCUUCCCUUGCUCAGCCGAGACCGCCUAUCGCUCGAAGCAAGGCAAUCUCUAUACCCUCGAAACCCUAGUUUAUUACAUCAAGAACCACCACCUCAAGCACACCGAUUACUUCCAGAACACCCGCAACCAGGGAAUCCCUUCCGUCACAUUCCCUGAUCGGAAACCGCUCCUCGAUUAUCUCACCGGCAAAGUCUCAACCACUGACUCCAUCGAAUUCCUUGUUCCCCAAAACCCUAGAUUCCCCGAUUUGCCCAUCCCUUCCGUCUCCGACGAAUACCGACCCGAUGACGUUCCCGUUCCCGGCUCAAACGACGUCGUCGAACCCGGUCCGAUUGAUGAUAGAGCUAGGGCUCAUAAGGAAACCGACAGCGUCGUCGACUACAUUACGUUGAUUAGAACCGCAGAACGGCCUUUGAAGGACCGGGAAGCUUUGUUGGAAUGCAAAGGUAGGAACUUUUACAGUGUCCUAACUGCGUCGACGAGGCGAGAGGAAGAACGACAGCGUUUAGAGUCGCAGCAGAGGAAAGAUGGGUUGGUUGCGAAGAGUAGGCUAAUGGGUGCUGACGAAAGGGGUUUGGGAGGGUACGGAGACGAGUUGGGUUACGAUCCUACGCCGAAACCCAAAAUGCAUUUGAAGGGUAGCAAAAUUGGUGAAGGGGUUCCGAUAAUUCUGGUUCCGAGUGCGUUCCAGACGCUGAUUACGAUUCAUAAUGUGAAGGAGUUUUUGGAAGAUGGGGUUUUCAUACCGACUGAUGUGAAGGUGAAGCAGAUGAAGGGUGCUAAGCCUGACUGUGUGACGGUGCAGAAGAAGUUCAGUAGGGAUAGGGAUAGAGUGGUGACCGCUUAUGAGGUGAGGGACAAGCCCUCUGCUUUGAAGGCCGAGGAUUGGGAUAGGGUGGUGGCUGUUUUUGUGUUGGGUAAGGAGUGGCAGUUCAAGGACUGGCCUUUCAAGGACCAUGUUGAGAUUUUUAAUAAAAUUAUGGGUUUUUUCUUGCGUUUUGAAGAUGACAGUGUUGAGUCAGCGAAGAUUGUGAAGCAGUGGAAUGUAAAGAUCAUCUCGAUCAGCAAGAAUAAGCGGCAUCAAGAUAGGGCUGCGGCGCUGGAGGUAUGGGAUAGACUAGAAGCAUUUGUACGGUCACGAUCACAUUCUUGAUGCAUACCAGUUUUGAUUAGAAGGCUGUAUGUAUAUUAUAAUGCUUGUGAACAUUUUGCCUCUUGUAGCUGAUGUAAAUUAAAAUUUUUGUUGAUUAAAUGGAAGAUUAAGCAUUAUUAAAUUCUUUUUAUUA